CUGACCCGGAGGGGACCGGGAGGGGUCGGGGCGCGAGCUGUGGGCGCGUCGGUGCCCAGACGGCGGCGGCGGCGGCCGCACGCGCGGCCCGGCCUCUGUCCCCGCGGCGCCGCGGCCCCGGCCCCCUGCCCGCCGGGCCAUGCCGCCGCCCGCGCCGCCCACCGAGCUGGUGCCGUCGGAGCGCGCCGUGGUGCUGCUGUCGUGCGCGCUCUCCGCGCUCGGCUCCGGCCUGCUGGUGGCCACGCACGCCCUGUGGCCCGACCUGCGCAGCCGGGCACGGCGCCUGCUGCUCUUCCUGUCGCUGGCCGACCUGCUCUCGGCCGCCUCCUACUUCUACGGGGUGCUGCAGGACUUCGCGGGCCCCUCGUGGGACUGCGUGCUGCAGGGCGCGCUCUCCACCUUCGCCAACACCAGCUCCUUCUUCUGGACCGUGGCCAUCGCCCUCUACCUGUACCUGAGCAUCGUCCGCGCGGCGCGCGAGCCUCGGACCGGCCGCCUGCUCUGGGCCUUCCACGUGGUCAGCUGGGGGGUCCCGCUGGCCAUCACCGUGGCAGCUGUCGCUCUGAAGAAGAUCGGCUAUGAUGCCUCGGACGUGUCGGUCGGCUGGUGCUGGAUCGACCUGGACGCAGAGGACCGCGUCCUGUGGAUGUUGCUGACCGGGAAGCUGUGGGAGAUGCUGGCCUACGUCACGCUGCCCGUGCUUUACCUCCUCAUCAGGAAGCACAUAAACAGGGCGGGGAUCGGGAACACAUUUCAGGGCGGUGCCAACUGCAUCAUGUUCGUCCUCUGCACCCACGCCGUCCGAACCCGGCUCUUCUCUGUCUGCUGCCGCUGCUGCCCUUCCCAGCCUUCCGCCCAGAGCCCGGCUGGCCCUCCCAAGCCUCCUGCGCCCUCCAAGACCGGCGAAUCUCAGGGAUCCAGACACACCCCAGAUGAACUUCCAGUCACCUGAGCUGUUCCCUGCCCGGUUCCGUGCACAGGUGCUGCCUACCUGGGGACAGGUGGUUCCGGGAGUCCCCGCUGCAGGGCGUGCGGCCGGAUGGCUGCGGAGCUAUUAACCUUCUGCUUUUCGAGCUCUUGACGCCCGGUGGGGAGGGCAGCCAGCAAACUCUACCUCCUAGAGCCUCCGGGGGCUCAUCCCCACUCACGCCCGCCCGCCCGCGUCCUGCUGCGUGCGCUCGCUCGGAGGGGUACUCGUCUGCAGGAGGGUCGGCCGUGAGAUUCAGGGCAGCCGGUGGCACGAGGUCACUUUUAGGUCGCCCCGCGGUCCAGCGGUCAUCGGCCCCGGGACCGCGCACAGCACCGUUUACAGUUCGAGGGGCCCACGCCUGUGGGGAGGAGAGCACAGUGAGACGUGGAUACCGUGCACUCAUCCUAAAUAAAAUGGUAGGGGGGUGUCAGAGAUGCGUCCCCCACUUAGAUGUCGUGAAGCGGAUUUUUGGUUUGUCGGGGGGCAUUGAGAUUUCCGGCAGAGCCCAGCUUUUUUUCGCAGAGAGCUUUGCUCGUCAGUGAAAGAGCCAGUUCCCUUUAAGCAGGUCGAAGGUUUCCCCGGGAGGUUUCCCGGUGAUCACGUGAGCCCAACACAACGCCGCCGGGCGGCCGGUCUCCCUGGGGCCCCCCAGAACCUCUGUAUGUAUGGGUUGCCAACCCUUGAUGCAGAUUGUGUCUGAAUUUCAAGCACAGGCCGGAACCCACACCCUCCCUUCACCGGUCACUUAAAAUACAGGUUCCCUCGUCCAACGCAAGAGCUAGGACCGGGACAGGAAGAGGCCGUUGCAGAGAAUCCCCGUGGAUGCCCACUGCCCCUCCGGUCUGCCCUUGUGAACACUGAGACGGGGAGGGAGCCAGUUUAUUCACUCCCUGCUUUAGUUUUUUAUAGGAAAGGUGACCAGGGAGUCCGUGAAUGAUCCAAACACAGACUCCAACCUGAAGGGGAAGGUUUGGGGCGUUGGUUGGGGGAAGUGACACAUGCAUCACGGGAAUGAUGAUUUACAUUUAAGAGAAGAGGAUUUCAAAUAAGCGUCUGUGUCUCUCUCUAUAUUCACGGCUCUUCCAGGAACAAUUUCCUCGUGUUUCAGGAAACAGUUCCUCUGUUAAGUCACAGAAAUCACUGGCGAAGGUGGCGGGUGACAGCAUCACUGCAGGAGGCUUGCGGAGGGAAAGUGCCACUUUACCCCACACCUGUCCUUCCCCUGGGCUCCGUCAGAACUCGGCAAAACCGAAACGAUCUUCUGAACCUGGAAAACGGUUCUGGAUUAAAGCCAAAGCCUCAUCAUA